AUGGCUUCCAGAAUUCCCAUGUCCAACUUUGUCAUCGAGUCUGCCGUCAUCGAGGCUCCCUUCAGCGACGUCUGGCACCUCAUCAAGCUCCAGGAUUUUGCCAAGUUCUACUCGGCUCUUGAGAAGAGUGAAUGGGUCAAGGGCACAUCUCCUGACACGGAUAUCGUUCGAUGGACUUUUAAGGAUGGCACCGUGCUUGAGGUCAAGCAGGAAGAGCAUUCUACCAUUGAGCACUACAUCACGUACAGCAUCAUCUCAUCUCAGCCUGCCCUCACCUAUACAUCGGCUGUGAGCACCGUCAGACUCUAUGCCGUCACGUCGGGCGAGCACGCGGGCCAGACGUUCAUCACCUGGACCGGCAACUUUUCGAGCGAUGCCGAUGCUGAUGCAAUUGAGGAUGCCAAGUUCAAGCGCCGCGAAGCUCUUGCUGAUCUCGCAAAGGCUGUCGCCAAGAAGUAA